GGAACAAACCCGGGGAACCAAUGUGUCGAAUCCCAAACGCGGUCAUCUGGCGGCGAAAGUAGAGGCAGCCAAGGGAAAACCUGUCAUUCCAGAGGCCAAGAAAGACGAGCCGCUUGUCUGGGACUGAGAGGAUGGCAACUAUGUCGCCCAAACACGCAUUUGAGCAUCACGUCCCCUUGAGAUACCGAUACCUUACCUACGACUACCCGACUAUUGGCAAGCGACCCACGAACGUCACCAACCCUCUUCCUUCACGCUCCCACCAUAACCUCACGACCCAAGCAACCCAAGCCACCCACGCACCUCUUCUCAUUCAUAUUCAUUAACCCCACCCGCCACCCGCCACUCACGACUUACUUCACACCGUACGACGCGCGUCCUGCGAGGAGAUCGAGAAGGGGGGCGCUGAGGAGGUACAGUAUAAAUAGCACG